ACUUCCGCCGCAGGUACGGGCGCAGCCGGAGUGCAUCCGCCGCCCGAGUGCCGCGGCUGCUGGCCCCGCCCUCUGGAAAGGGCGAACGGCCGCCCGCCGUAGCCCCAGCGUCGCCGUGGCGGCGGCAGUCGCAUCUAUCGCGUCCUUCGUGCCGGCUGUCGUCCCGUGCUGCCUUGCUCGUCCUCGUCCCCCGGGAAGUAUGGCGCUGGUGCGGCGGCGUUGCGGCCGCGGCGUGUCGUCGCCGGACCUCGGAAUAUGUGUCCUCUCGUGAGCGCGGUGCGGUGCGCUGACCGCGGGGGAGUGGCAGCGGCCACCUGACGAGGGCGCCGAGUGUGCCCGAAGGAGUGCCUUGGAUUACGGUGACGCGCUGACCGUAGUUCGACGGCGCGCAACUGCUCUUCUGCAUGGUUCGGCGGGAGGGUCCCACGCUGUCUGGUCGAGCUCGGAUCCCGCACACUGGGCUGGCACCCGAGUCCAGGACCUGGUCUAUGACCUGCGCCAUGAACACCAAGGAGGCGGAGUGCGCCCCGAUCCAGAUGGAGCCCGUGGACCUGUCGGUGCACAAAGAGCGCGGGAGCUGCCCCGCUGGCCGGGCGGGCAGCGUGGGCGCCGGCAGCCCGCCCGCGCACGACGACCAGACGCCGCCCAGCUCGCCGGACUCGGAGUCGCCGGCCUCCUCCUGCGUGGACCUGCGCUUCAACAAAGAUCUCGCCUUGGCGCUCUUCAACUCGGCUGCCCGAAGGUUGGACGCCAAGGUGGCCAGCGAGGCUCACCGCAAGUCACCCACGCUUCCCGGAAGUCUACCCGACGGCAUCCUCUCGAAUCAUAUGGACUAUGGCAGCCGGAGUGGGGCCUUCCUGUCAUUGCAGAGGAUCAAGGAAGCGUCCAUGGCCCUGAGCCAGCAGCUGCAGGCGGCCGCGGUUGCGGCGGCGGCGGCGCAGUCCGGCGCCAACGGAGCCUCGGCGCCCGGAGUCGCGGCGGCCCCUUCCCCACCGGGUCCCGCGCUGCUGGCAUCGCAGGUGGCGUCGCAAGUGGCGGCGGCGCAGACGCCCCGGCGGACCCGUAGUCCGAGCGCCGACGCCUACUCGGAGUCCCUCAGGAGGCGCAAGGUCCACAAGUGCGACUUCGAGGGCUGCCAGAAGGUGUACACCAAGAGCUCGCACCUCAAGGCGCAUAAGAGGACGCACACAGGGGAGAAGCCGUACACCUGCACGUGGGAGGGGUGCACGUGGAAGUUCGCCCGGUCCGACGAGCUGACGCGCCACUUCCGGAAGCACACGGGCCAGAAGCCGUUCAAGUGCCAGCUCUGCCAGAGGUCCUUCUCCAGGUCGGACCACCUGUCGCUCCAUAUGAAGAGACACUGAUGACGCGGCAACCUAGGCGGAACGCACUUUCCUUUUCUCGACUAUCAGAGGUCACUCAACUGCUCAAUCAACGAUGACAAGCGCACGGGCCUGUAGAAGGACAACGCCCACUGACUCUCCAAGCCCCUACCUCCGCGAAAAUGGACAAUGCUUGUGGUGGCCUAGCAGAAAGAAGCCGUUCCUAUAUAUAUAUAUUCAUAAUAUAAACAAUGGACUGAUAGUGAUACGAUGGACCCGACAUGCGGAAGUACUCAUUGCGUCGUAAUUGUUGUAAUUAUGGUAGAAGCUCAGCAAGCGGCUGCACCUUGAAGGCUAGCAGCUGCAACAGCUGAUGUGAGCCUCUGGGUUGUUGUUACUAUUAAUCUUUUUUGAACCAUGCUCAACACAUCCACUUCGGAGGGGUGAAAAAGUUCCCGAGGUUAAGUAAACCUAUUUUUAUAACCCCACGUGAUCUGGUGCUUUCGCCUCCAUUGGAACCGAAAGUGAACAUGCCAUUUUUUGUGUUUAUUUUUGAUAGGAAUGGUUCAUAUGUGCGAACCUGUCCCACAAAGAAUUGUGUAAUUUAAAUGCACACGCUUAGGCACAAUACCUAUAAAAUAAUUUAAACCAAUUAAAGUGAACCACGGGCUGUCUGAGUAGGCUCAAGCUUGUCAAGGUUUGGAUGUUGACUCAGUAAAGCCGGUUUCAGCUGUCAGACUUCUUGGAGAAAACGAAGGUGACAAAACGUGCCUGCCUCGACGAAUUUGAACCACCUCGUUUUUUUUAUUCACAUGCAACGUCUUCCGAUCUUCGAAUGACAGUCGACGGGCGCUGCUGGUGUAAAUACAACCUUUUGUAAAUGUGUACAACGAGUUCCAACUUUGUUAUCAUUCCGUUUACAUCGUCCAGUUAUACAUUCGCACAAAUAGGGGCACUUCUUCAUGGGCGUCAUUGUUUGUACAAUCACUGUACCUUGCAUGCAGUGCUUUCUUUUUCCAGUGCUGGUAGGUUAUCUCUAUCUGAAACGAUUUUUCGGGAGAUUUCAGUCUGAAGCAUAAUGCCAUACAUUGUUUUACCUGCAACUUGUACUGCUCGUGAACAAGGCCCGCAUGUCUCCUUUAGCACACGUGUGGAAAUCCAAUCAUUGCCAAGCCCAGAACAUAAUUGAUUAUUCAGCAUCAUGUACACUGUCGUACCUCAGGCAGCGUUCUUUUGUGAGCAAAAUAUAUCUUUCUGGUCGGUCGUUUGUGGUACAGAUCCUGGCGAUUGACCCUCUGCACUAUAUGGGAGUGUGGUAUGCUGGCCUUGUACACAAGCGGUGCGAGUCAUAAUUGACAAAGUUCGGUAGUUCUUGGAACGCUUGUACUUCAUACAAAUGUUCAACCUGAUGGGCCUUCUCAGUCCUUUGGCUGCCUUGAUCUACCCAGGGAAUCCUUUGUAUCUUAUGGGGUCACCUCAUCCUCUUCCUAUGCACGCUGCUCUUGUUGGUGAGUUCAUUGUUAGAUAUCAGCCCACAAUGUUUCUGCGAGUUCAUCAGCUGAGGCUCCAUGGGAUUCGUAGUCGUCAGUGUUCUAUGUUGCGCAUCAGAUAUUGCCUGAAAGAUAUAUUCAGCUACAGAUGGUGUGCUGAGAGAACAUUCAGUGUGUUUCCUACUCAAUGUCAAGGAACCAUCAUUGGCUCAUAUUGUUAUCAAAUGUUGUUCACACCAAUUGCCUCGUUCAUACUGAUCAAAUGUAGGCUCAUUUUUCUAUAUGCUCAUGUGAGAAUGUAUUAUACAUACAAAGUUUGUGAAGAUUGUUUCAGAGAACUGUUUCUAAUAUAUUUAACUGCGAUACAAUCUUUGUACACUUUUGAAACCUUGUGUGCAUAACAAGUUGCAUUUUCAUGUUGUGAUGAAUGACUGUGUGAUGGUGUGGUGUUUAUUUAGUGUGGAUGUCGUUUGGUUGCAAAGUGCAACAUGGAAAUUGUCCGCAAUUAUCUGAGAGAAAAUCGGGACAAUAUGUAAGUGUAGAUGGAAGUGACAAAAACCUACAACAAUAUCUUUCUCAACCUAAGGUGUCCUUCAGAAAUAUUUGUUAUAAAUGGCAGUUAGGAACAUUUCAAUCAGCAAAUCACAACGUUGAGUUCCAGCAGAAUCCUGAGUAUCUGCUCUCUGAGAAAGCAACUUUAAAAAACAAGAAAAUUCCCUCAUCACUUUGUUUGAUAGAGUGAUUAAAUUGAUUAGAGUGAAAAUGUCUUGCAGACGUUUUCGAUGUAAUCCAGACUUUUCAGACUACCUUGUUGUCAAGCAGCUAAGCUCACGGCUGUGUGCCAACCCUCCGUUGUAUGCAGGAUGAACAGUCUGAUGUCAGAUUCUGUAGAGGUUCCUGUGAUGUCUUCUUUCUGAGAAUAAUAUUUAAACAAGAAAGGUAUGUGAGCACAAACAAGCGCCCAAGAAACCGAAUCCUCGUAAUUUCGUUGCAGAACUAUGACAUAGUUCAACUCCGUCCAUUGGAAACCUGUGUUAUCAGUGUAUUCAAAACGCUUCGCAUUAUUUUGAUUUAUUCUUGUUUCAGACCCUCGUACACAACGUACAAAGGACUGACCCCUCACUCCUUAUAUUUACAUCUAAAAAAGAGUGUUCUGAUACAUUCAAAGUUGGGAUGAACGUGAAGGCUGGUAACCAGUGAUGCAGACAUGUCUUGCUAAUUGCGGCUUUUGAGGUCUAGGAUCGCCAGGCAUCCGAAUAUAAACUGAUCGCUUAUUUUCUGCAAGCUACUCGUCACUUGAGCGAACCCCAUGCACAUUAAUGCAGUGAUAAAUAUAUCAAAACCUGUUUCUACCAAGCCAGUAUCUUUAUGUAGGCCUUGACUUAUUUUGGCACAGAAAUUAGUUUCCCUAUCUAUUGAUGUGACAAUCUUGCUUAAAAUGAAACAUAUAAAACAAAACGAAAAAUAACAAAAACUUUUUUAGAACUCACGAGUGCUUGGUUACAUUUAUCAAGAUCUAGACAAAGACCUCAUAUUUUGUUGGUUUUGCUGGACGUUCUGCUCUGUUUCAUCUCAUACUGCGGUUCUAUCGUAAAGCGACCUGAACGCCAUGACCUAUCUUCUUGGCCUCCACUACUUUCGAUUUGUCGAAAUAAACGCGCUCGCAAUGUUCA